AUGGCCGCCACGAUGUCUCAGAUGUCUGCUGCUGCUCCCAUGGCCGGCGGUCUCAUGGCCCUGACUCCAUCCUCCACGAAGCUGUCCAGCGCUGCUUCCCGUGUGGUGGCCCGACCCAGACUGGGCGCGUCGCUGGCGGGGCGAGUUCGAUGCGAGGCGGGCAAGGGCCUGCGGGAGACCAUCGAUGAGAGCACGAAGAAGGAAAUCACGGAGGGCGAGAUCCUGAAGAACAUGGAGACCAACGAGUCCGAGCAGCGUUCCUACUUCGGCGCCAAGCCCACUCCCGGGUUCGACCAGGCAGUGGGGUUCACCCCCCGCCCGGAGAUCGAGAGGCGGCCCGAGACCAGCGACAAGUCCUUCUUCAGCGUGUUCGCGUUCGACGGGGCCGCCCCGGAGACCAUCAACUGCCGACUGGCGAUGUUGGGCAUGGUGUGGGCGUUCUUCGCGGAGAAGGCGACGGGGCUGACAGUAGCACAGCAGCUAUUCAACCCCACCACAAGCGGGCUUGUGUAUUUCGUGGGCGCGGUGCAGUUAUUCACGUACGCAUCGCUGGUGCCGAUCAUGAACGGCGAGUCGACGGAUGCUCGCAGCUUCGGGCCGUUCACGGCGCGAGCUGAGCGAUGGAACGGGCGUCUAGCAAUGCUAGGAUUCCUGUCGCUAGUGGUCACGGAGCUGAUCCGCGGAGCUCCCGUGUUCCACUAA